AUGUCUUCAACUGAAACGGAUUUGAAGAUCGCAAAAGACUGUCAAGAGGUGACAUCGCUGCCACAACAGACAUCGAUCUGCUCGCAUACUGGAGCGUUAAGACCAUUUGGAGUACAAUUUCGAGAUCUAACGUCCUUGAAUACAAGUUGGAUAAUAUCAUUAAGCACCUCUAAGUCUCCAAAGAAGGACUUACCGCCUUGGGCGUUACGACCCAAAACGACUACCAUAAUGAGCCGUCAGGAAGCGAGAGAAGAGAGUCUUGUGGAGGGCUUUACAGAGCAUCCUUACAAACAAGUUCUAAAAAACUAUGUUCCAAUUCUUGAGGAAAUUUCUGUAGAAGCCUUUCCUGAUAGUUUGAAGAUUGAUCGGGGUUUGCUUCAAAGCAGAAAAUCUCGACCUCCACUACCAUCUCAGCUGCUUGAGAAUAAAGUAUUUGAAUUUAAUACUACUGCGCAAGUUAAUAAUGAACCUGUAGAUGAAUCAAAGCUGCGUAUGGAAGAAGUUCCUGCAUCAUACGCGGCUGCAAACGCGGCACGCCGUGCCUAUGGCAUAGACCCCACACAAGCUGAAUAUGAUUUCACCGCUUUUUGGUGGGUUUUACCAGGAGCAGUGAUGGACAGUAGCAAGCUGCAAGGUCAGCCCUACUACGCCAAUCAAGGGGUCAUCGACUUUGAGAAAUAG